CUUUGUUUAGCUUUGAUCUCUGAAAGGCUGCCUGCGCAAAAAAAAGGCAAAGAAAUCAUCCUCUCUUUUUAUUUGCUUGUUCUGUUCUCUUCUCGUGGAUCUUCCUUGGGCGAUAAGAGUAGCCUCGUCGAAGUGUGAAAACUUGUGAAAACUUGUGAAGACAUGAGGCCGGCAUUGUUGUUGCUCUUGGCGCUGGUGGCGAGCAUGGGUGAUACGUUUGUCGCAGAGGGGAGCCAAAUCCAACAAGCUCGCAGUGUCAUCCCCGGCAUUGGCGUCAACUUUGGGCAACUUGGCAACAAUCUCCCGGCGGCACAGCACGUAGCGCAGCUGCUCCAGUCGACGGUGAUUGCCAAGGUGCGCAUCUUCAACACGGAGGCGGCAUUCCUGCACGCCAUGGCCAACACCGGCAUCGACGUGGCCGUGGGUGUGUGCAACGCCGACGUGCCCGCCCUCGCCGCCAACGCAUCCGCGGCGGCUGCCUGGGUGUCGGCCAACAUCGCCCCCUUCGCCGCCACCGGCACGCGCAUCACGCUCGUCACUGUCGGCAACGAGGUGUUCAGCGCCGACGACCAGCAGCUGGCGGCGGCCAUCGUCCCCGCCAUCCGCAACAUCCACACCGCGCUCGCCGCCGCCAAGCUCGCCGACACCGUCCACGUGUCCACCCCGCAUUCCUUCGCCAUCCUCGACAACUCCUUCCCGCCCUCGUCCGCCGCCUUCCGCGCGGACCUCGCGCCGCUCCUCGACCCGCUGCUCCGCUUCCUGGCCGACACGCGCGCGCCGCUGCUGGUCAACGCCUACCCGUACUUUGCGUUUGCCGGCAACCCGCACGACAUUCCCCUGCCGUACGCGCUCUUCCAGCCCAACGCCGGCGCACCCGACCCCAAGACCGGUCUCAUCUACACCAACAUGUACACCGCCCAGGUGGACGCGGCGGUGGCCGCCAUGGAGCGCAUGGGCCACUUUGGAAUCCCGGUAGCCGUGACCGAGACGGGCUGGCCGUCGCAGGGAGGCUCGGACGAGGUCGGGGCCAGCGUGGACAAUGCCCGGGCCUUUACAAGUGGACUCGUCGCACACCUGGCGUCCAGCUCGGGCACGCCCCUCCGCCCGCGUCAACAGCUCGACACUUACAUCUUUGCUCUCUUCAACGAGGACCUCAAGCCCGGCCCCGCGUCGGAGAGGAACUAUGGCUUGUUUGCCACCGAUGGCACGCCCAUCUACGACGCCGGGUUACUGCUAACUAGUGGCACCCAUGUUGGCGGUGGCACUGCCACUGCCACUACUGUAAGUAGCAGCUCCAACACCACGCGGAUGCGUGGGUACAAGGAUGGGCAGCAGGAUCACAAGCUGAGCAGUGGCAAUUCCUGGUGUGUUGCAAAGACCGAUGUCGACUCGCGGGCACUGCUCACCGCACUCAACUACGCAUGCGGGCAGGGCGAGGCGGAUUGCAAGGAGAUAUCGUCGCCAGCCGGCUCGUGUUUCCAGCCCAACAGCCUCGUGUCGCAUGCAUCCUACGCCUUCAACAUGUUCUACCACAAGUACGGCCGCAAGCCUUGGAACUGCGACUUUGGGAACACGGCCACGCUCACCGCAACGGACCCGAGCUACGGAUCGUGCAGCUACCCUGCAGCAGCAGGAGAUCCUUAAUCUCUUUCAAGUUUCCGUUUUCUCUUACACUGGAUUACAUGACCGUUGGUCUGGUCGGGUAUCAAAUAUUUGAAGGAUUUCCGU